AUAACCUAAUAAUAAUCCCACUUUUCUACCUUUCUCCCCUUCUCCACUUUUACCCAAUGGGAAGGCUAUCCUCCACCAUCGAAAUCGCUCACCACCGCCGCAGACACGAAGAUCGUCGCACUCCUGACUCCGAUGUCUCCGAAGAACGCCGCCGCCGAUACCGCCGUAGCCCUAGCUACGAUUCCUACGAUCGUCACACAAAUCGCCGCCGUAGCAUAUCACCCGAAAACCGAAACCCUAGACACGAUAACAGAAAUCCAAACGGCAACGAUCUUCCGAAGAAUUUCGGCCACCGCAACGGUUCCUAUCUCGACCGCGACCGCAACGAUUUCAAGCGCUCUGAGUCGGAAUCUGAUGAAGAAUUGAAGGGAUUGAGUUUCGAGGAAUACAGAAGGUUGAAGAGGCAGAAGAUGAGGAAGUCGAUGAAGUAUUGUAUCUGGAACGUUACGCCGAGUCCUCCCAGACGCGAGAAUGAUGAUCUUGAGGAUGUUUACAAGGCUGAAGAGAUUUCUGAGAAAUUUGACGGAAAGAAUGAGAAGGAGGUUAUACCAAAAGCAAAAUCUGAAUCCGAUGAAUCUGAUGGUAGUGAAUCGGAUAAUCCACGGUUGAAGAAGAAGAGUAGUAGAAGUUCUUCUAAGAAAUCGCGAAACCUUACGGAAUCUGAAUCGGAAUCAGAAGAAGAGGAAGAUCAGAAGAGGGGAAAGAAUAGGGAUGAUAGCGAUAGCGAUAGUGAAUCAGAGGAAGAUCGUAAGAGGAGAAGGGGAAGUAAGAGGAAGAUCAGUAGAAGGAAAAGGCGAAGUAAUAGGAAGAAGAGAAGGCAUAGUGAUUCAGAAGAGAGUGAAAGUGAUAACUCUGACUCUGAUGGUAGUGAAAAAAAGAGGAAGCAUUCUUCGGGGUCUCGAUCAAAACAGAGCAGGAAAGUAACAAAGAAAAGUGCUGAACCGAAAAGCGAGAGUUCGGAGGAUAAUGAGUUGGUUCCUGAUUCAGCUGUUUCGAAGAACAAGGAAGCAAUUGUUGUUGAUGAGGUGGAUGUGUCUGAGAUUAAUGAUGAGGCUCUACAAUUGAAGGAGCUGUUAGAGUUUCAGAAGAAACCGGCUUUGGAUAGCGAGCCAACGGUUGGGCCAAUGCCUUUGCCAAGAGCCGAGGGGCAUAUAAGCUAUGGUGGUGCACUUAGGCCUGGUGAAGGAGAUGCUAUUGCACAAUAUGUUCAACAAGGGAAACGUAUUCCUCGUAGAGGAGAAGUGGGUCUUUCUGCAGAAGAGAUUUCAAAGUUUGAGGAUCUUGGUUAUGUGAUGAGUGGCAGUAGGCAUCAGAGGAUGAAUGCAAUUCGUAUCAGGAAAGAAAAUCAAGUUUAUAGUGCGGAAGAUAAGCGUGCUUUGGCUAUGUUUAACUAUGAAGAAAAGGCGAAAAGAGAACAUAAGGUUAUGGCUGAUUUGCAGCGGCUAGUGCAGCGUCACAUUGGUCAGGAUGUUGGUCCAACUCAUGAUCCUUUUGGUGCAAAAGACGGUGCUGAUGCCUGAUAUUAUUAUUCAUGUGAUGAAGGGAAGUGAGAUUGGAGGUGAAGUUAUCUUGGAAGAAAAUGCCAUUAGCUGGAGUUAAAUAUAAAUCAACUGCAAUUCUGCAAAGGAUAUCUGCAAAGGAUAUCUGAUCUUUGGAUUUUGUCGUUGAAUGUUGUGGAGCAAGAGUGGAGAAAGAAUGCGAGGGAAAACUCACGAGUAGGUGAUCCAUGCAUGCACUGCAUUGAAUGAUUAAUCUUUUUUGAAGUAGGAUGCUAUGCACUGCAUUGGAUGAUUAAUCUUUUUUGAAGUAGGAUGCUUUCUUUUUUUGUGAAGUAGGAUAAAUAGAUGACGACGAGGAGAAUAAAAUAGUUUCAAAUGUUUAGUGUUGCCUGCAACUCUGGGGCAUAAUCUAUUUAUUAAGUUGUUUUUGUGAAUUAGAUUAUUGGUGAUCUUCACAACUUUUAUUGAUAUAAGAAUUUUUACUUUU